AUGUGGGGUUGUAGGGACAAAAGAGGGGGGAGAGAGAGAGAGAGAGAGAGAGAGAGAGGGUUCCUUUUGGGGGCCCGUGGUGAGCUCAAAGGACAUGGAGGGAGGGGAGCCAACCCCACUGGGUUUACAUACCAUUGUUGCCCUCCAAAGGACAACUUGGUCCCUCUCUCCCACGAGAAAUUUUUCAGGAUACCGGGUGCCCAACUUGACCUGGAGUACCAAGCCAAUUACAGUGGAAGGCCAUCGGAGAAAGGACGAAACCGAGGACGGACGGGUAUUCAUCGUCAGCGGCAGUUUGACAGAGUUUCUCUGAUUCAGAUCCCGGAGCCGCCGAUCGGAUUGUCGCGUUCGCGUCUAGGGUGUCCAGUGACGCAGCUGAAGAGGAAGAAGCCGGCGAGGCUUUAUAUUCCAAUGAUGUCGUCGGGAUUUGGGGUGGGUCCGACGAUGCCAUCGAUGGUGGAAAGGAAAGAGGUGGUGAAUGCUUAACGUUUGACUGAGGUUUUCUUGGUUUUGGAUUACACGUUCAUAUCUAUUUAAAGAAAAAAAUGUUAAAAGUCAAUGUGUCCAUCUCUUAUUGCUUGGGUACACCAGCUCUCAAUCUUAUGUGGAGUUCCCGGCUCCUUGAAAAAUUCCUCCUCUCUCACGGAGUAGAAUUCUCUUAUCUUCAAAUCCCUCUUUCCAUCCAAUUCUUUUUUGUUUGAACGGUUAUGAUUACAUCACGUCAAUGUCUGGUAUUGAUUUCUUUAUAAGAGAGAAAAAAGAAGACAGUAAGAGAGGAAAGGAAUGGAGGGAAAGUAAUUUAGAGGGAAAAGAAUCCAUAAUCCCUCUCACUUAAUUGCAAUAGAACAUAUGUGGCAUAUUUCUAAAUAUUUAUCAAUAAUGUUAUUAUACAAGUGGAAAGACACUUAGAAAAAAAAAAAUAAAUAAAUAAAACUUCCCCCCAUUUAACAAUUACAUAUGGUGUACCGUCCCAUGUUUUGGUGAUAUUAAAAAAUCUCUUCAUAUUAUUAAUGCAUUUUUUACAAUAUUGACGCAAAAUUUAUC